CUACAUGGAGCCCACUUUCACACGCGCACAGUAACUGGACCUUACUAGAGGUGACCGGCACCGGGGGCAGCGAGGGCUUUCACACCUGUUUAAGUCCUGUCUUCUGUAAUGAUGUAACAAAAAGUGCUUGGGAGGAACUACUUCAUCUGGAGCCGUAGAUUUACCAGCAGCCUGAACUCUGCCAGACUCUAAACCCAGAGAAGUUGGAACUCUGACUCUGACCGGACGCUUUGUCUCAGCUUUGCAGUGCAGGUGUUAUGGAUCUGCAGCAUUUCCUGUGCUGGAGAGUUGCCCCACUGUUUCUCUUGAUGCUGCGUGGGCUCCACUGUACGUCCGUGCACAUCCUCAACGAGCAGCCUGUGCAUGUGAUCCCCGGCUCCAGCCUGGCUCUGAGAGCCCAGAUCCGGCAGGGACCCCUGAAAGAGGUCUCCAUGGUAACCUGGGAGCGGGAGCCCGAGACUGGAAAUGAUCUGGUGAGAGUGAGGCUGGCCACGUGCCCCGGCGGCGGCGGCGGAGGCCUGGAGUGCACGGGGACGGGGCCAAACGUCCGCGUGAACGUGGAGCAGCAGGAAACGACACUCCAGAUUAACGGAUACAGCCGGGCGGACAGCGGCGUGUACGCCGUGACUGUGACCGAUCACGCGGGGGCCAACGCCACUGCGCACUGCAUCGUCAGGGAAUACGAGGCGGUUCAUCACGUGUCUGUCAGCAUCAACGUGUCUCACUCCACCCUGGUGUGUGGCGAGGCCUGGGGGACAGAGCCCCACUUCAGCUGGCUCUACGAGAGAGCCGCCCUCCCCCAGACGGUGGGGGAAGUUUCCAAAGACGGAACCACGUUGUUUUUGACUAUGACUCCCGUUUGCGGUCACUUCACCUGCAUGGUUGGCAACAAGCUAGGUUACAGUUCUGCCACUUACACAGCAGCGCCUUGUGAGGCGGAGGGCCGAGGGACCACGGCGGCCAUAGUGUGUCUGGUCCUGCUGCUGCUGCUGUGUGGAGGAGCGCUGGCCUUCCUUCUAUGGAGGAGACACGGGCACAGCGACAGGGGAGAGCGUCUGCACGAGCAUUUGGACGACUCCAUGUGAGGAGAAAAAAAAAAAAAAAAAAGAGCCUGAACUUUCACUCAGAGGUCUCAGGGGAGAACAGGAAACGGACCGGGGCCAAAAGGGAGGACCUUCCUGUCCUGUGAGCUGCAUGACCUUCCACUGUAUGGGAACAAUGUGAAGCGUGAACAAAUAGAAAAUAUGCAGAAGAUGAUGUUAGGUGAUGAGGUGACAGCAGUGUCCGCACACUGCCUCCUGCUGGCUGCGCCUCAAACUGUGAUGUCGUUUUUAAAUAGGACUCUUUUUCCC